UGCUAGGGCUGGCCCGAUCCGCUUUCCCCUUGUCUUUGGUAUCGUAACAUUCAUCAAGAAUGGGAAAAUAAAAAUCAGACCAGAGGAAAUUUCAAUUAUCAUAAUCACCCUGAUUUUCUAUGGAAAAUCCAUUACGCUGAUACAAAAGGGAGCUUUUUGGGAAGAGAAAAUAAGAAGUGUAGCAUCCAUCAAAGCUGCUAAAGUUUCAAACGUGAACCAAGGAAUGGCAUCUUUAGCUCAAGCUCCAUCCACUAUGGCUUCUGUUACUGUUCCCAAGGUCCAUCAUAGAGGCAUGAAAUUGUUUCAACCCUCAAUUUCACUCCAUAGAUUCACCUUUCCUCAUAUUUGCAUUAAACAUCCUCCUGUUUGUUGUACAAAGCUGACUCCAUGGGAACCUUCACCAGUCACAUAUUCUCCCACAGAUGAAAAGGGUAGUGACUUCUUGAGGGGAACUUCCAACAUAUUUGAAACUCUAAAUUCUGAUGACACUGCUGAAGCACCUGUUACCAACACAGAAGAGCUUAUUCAUACAAACAAUCAGUCAUCUGGGCAGUUUCAGUUCCUUAAAUGGCCGAUGUGGCUUCUGGGCCCUUCUCUUCUCCUUGCUACAGGCAUGGUACCCACUUUGUGGCUACCCAUAUCUUCCAUAUUCCUUGGCCCCAAUAUAGCCAGCCUGCUUUCCUUGAUAGGACUUGACUGCAUCUUUAAUCUUGGUGCCACCCUUUUUCUCCUCAUGGCAGAUGCUUGUGCCCGGCCAAAAAACCUAGCACAACCCCUGAACAGCAAGGCUCCUUUUAGUUACCAGUUUUGGAACAUGGUUGCAACUAUAACUGGUUUUGUGGUUCCCCUGAUAGUGUUCUUUGGUUCCCAGAAUGGUUUCUUCCAACCCCAGCUGCCUUUCAUUCCAUUUGCAGUUCUAUUGGGUCCCUACCUCCUUCUUCUGUCCGUGCAGAUUUUGACGGAGAUGCUGACAUGGCAUUGGCAAUCACCGGUAUGGCUGGUGACCCCAGUUGUAUAUGAGGCUUAUCGAGUUUUGCAGCUAAUGAGAGGAUUGAAGCUUGGAGCAGAGCUCAGUGCACCUGCAUGGAUGAUGCAUACUGUCAGGGGGCUGGUGUGUUGGUGGGUGUUGAUACUUGGUAUGCAGCUCAUGAGGGUUGCUUGGUUUGCUGGUUUCACUGCUGGAGCUUGGCCACAAAAGUCCUCUACUUUGGCUGAUGGUUAAUCGAAUCUACCCUUGGUAAAAUUUGAAUGAAGGGUUGUGGUUUUAAAUACAGACCUAUGAGGAUACAACUGAACCAUGUCUGUGGAAAUUGCCUAGGUGAGUCACCUUGUUCUUCACUAUGUCUAUAGCUAUUUGUGUUGGACAUCUACUUUGUUGAGUACAGAGAUGUAUAUCAUAAGCAAGUUAUGUGUUGCAGUAAUGGUUCAUUAGUCUGAUGAUUGGAUUCAGAUUAUAUUUUCAGCCAGUCAUAUCUUGGCAAAAGCCUCAAUGUGCUGGAUUGUAGAGACUAUGCGUGUUACUAUUUUGAUACUUGAAACAUGACGUUUAUGGA